AUGGAAGAGGUGCACAAGAGCAGCAGUAACAGUUCAGUGUCGCCUUCACAAACAUCAGCUGUACAAGGUACAACACUACAGGCAGCUCAGCUCUCUCAUAUUGCUCAACAGAUGUCUCUAAGAGGUCCUACACCCCUGACAGUUGUUCAGCUUCCUGGAGAGCAAGUCCAGGUCCAGGGAGUCAUUCAGACAGCUCAGUCCUCUUCUGUAAUCCACUCACCUCAGGUGCAAACAGUGCAGGUAUCUUCUUUGUCUGAGAGUGAAGAUUCUCAGGAUUCAUCAGAUAGCAUAGGCUCUUCACAGAAAGCUCGAGGCAUCCUAGCUCGUCGUCCCUCUUACCGGAAAAUUUUGAAAGAUCUUUCUUCUGAAGAUACACGUGACAGAAAAGGAGAUGAGGAGAGUCCUGGUGUCUCUACUGUUACAUCUAUGUCCGUUCCCACACCCAUCUACCAGACAAGCACUGGACAGUACAUUGCCAUUGCUGCCAAUGGCUUGCAGCUGGCCAGCCCAGGCGCUGAUGGUGUGCAGGGUCUUCAGACACUGACAAUGGCCAAUGCUGGUGGUGCUCAGCCUGGAACGACGAUCCUGCAGUAUGCACAGACAUCAGAUGGUCAACAGAUCCUUGUACCCAGCAACCAGGUGGUAGUGCAGACUGCCUCAGGAGACAUGCAGACCUACCAGAUCCGCACCACCCCAACCACCACCUCCCUUCCCCAGACUGUGGUGAUGACAUCUCCUGUCACCCUGACAUCACAGACAAGUAAGACGGAUGAUCCACAGUUGAAACGAGAGAUACGGCUGAUGAAGAACAGAGAAGCUGCUCGAGAAUGCCGUAGAAAGAAGAAAGAGUAUGUUAAAUGCCUGGAAAAUCGAGUUGCAGUCCUGGAAAACCAGAACAAAACUCUAAUUGAAGAGUUAAAAACUUUGAAAGAUCUUUACUGUCAUAAAAGUGUGUAAGAAAAGAAGGUAAAACUUUGGACUGUUUAAAUUUCAGAGGAGAAUUUUUUUUUUUAUACUGAAUUUUUUAAACUAGAUGAAAGGUCAAAAAAUGAAACUUUUCUACCUAGAUUUCACAACUUAAAGACUCUAUAGAUUUUAUUUACAACAUGUUGGUGACAAAGUACAAAAAAGGAAACAAGAAAACCUCACCAAAAUUCCUGCACAACUGGAAACUUUCUAAAGUCAAGAUUGCAUCAACAGUAAAGGACAGGCACGUUUUACAAGGCAGGUGAUGAGAAUUUCCUCACAUACCUCUUGUAACGGAGGCAAUAUUUGGUUACA